UGAAAGUUUUCAGGGGUGCUGGUGCAUUUUUUAGAAGCUCAAAGUUACACAGAACAAUUUCCAAAAAAAAAAUAAAUUUAGAGAAAGUAUAUAAGUAAGUUUUUAUAAAAUUAGAAACAUCUCCAUACUAAAAACAUUUCUAUAGACACCAUAAUAAAUAUCUUCCCACUUAAAAUAAAAUUAAUAAAAAUUUGAUGUUCCCACCCAUUUUUAUCAUUACCCUCUUCCACAACAAUAUUCCUUUCACAUAAUUUUUUUAAAAAAUAUUUUCUGUUUUUAAGGUUUCUUACCUUUAAAAUUUUCUCUCUCCUCUCCCUUAACUUUUUUUUUCUUCACUCUGAAAAAAAAUAACAAUUACAAAAAAAUAAAUAAAUACUUUAUAUUUCCCCUCCUUCACCUCUUCCUUCCUUCUCCCCAAAAAAUCUCCCCUUUUGUCUCGUCCCCUGCAAAUCCCCAAUCCGAGUCCGAUCAACUCGCUGCAACUCGGCAAUUUCUCAUCGAAAUUAUUAUUCAAUCAAUGCCCAUUUUCUGCAACGUUGCGAUUGUCAUUACAACGGUAACAUUUCAUAUUUGAUAAUCUUUGAUUUUUAAUUUUUAUGGGUAUUUUGUGUUUUUGGUUCUAGUUAUUUGUUUCGCAUCGAAUUAAUGGAGUACAAAUGGUGAAUAUUGCAUCGACAUUAGGUUUUUCUAUCUGGGAUCUGAUUCAAUUGUUGGUAUUAUUACUUUGAUCGGAUUUUCAAUCUAGGGUUAGGGUUUUUGUGGAGAGAGAAAAGGGGGGAGAUUUGGGGAAGAAAGGGAGGGUAAGAGUGAGCCAAGAUGUUGAAUAAAUUUAUGAAACGAGGGAAUCGAAAAGGGUCUAAAUCAGAUGAUUUAGCAUUUCCACCUAGUAAUCGAGGAUCUGGGGUGGUGGCUUCGUCCAAUGUUGUUGUUAAUCAUGCGUCUCGUGUUGGGGUUCCGGGUUCGGGUGGUCCGAAUGCCACGCCACAAGGCGUUGGUGGUGGGAGUUUGAUUGUCACAGUACCGCCUUCGGGUUCUGUUGAAGCUCUUCCUAUGUUUAAAGAUGUUCCAGCUGCGGAGCGCCAGAAUCUGUUUCUGCGUAAGCUGCAAAUUUGUUGUUAUCAAUUUGAUUUCACUGAUACAUUGAAAUCGGUUAGGGAAAAGGAAAUUAAAAGGCAAACAUUGAUGGAACUUAUCGAGUUUAUUCAGUCGGGUUCAGGAAAGAUUCACGAGACUGUGCAAGAUGAGAUGAUUAAGAUGGUGUCAAUAAAUAUAUUUAGGUGUUUACCCCCAACAUCCCACGAAAAUACUGGUGUUGAGGCUACUGACCCUGAAGAGGAGGAGCCAUUUCUAGAGCCCUCGUGGCCGCAUUUGCAACUUGUGUAUGAGCUUUUGUUGAGAUAUGUUGUGUCCCAAGACACUGACACUAAGGUUGCCAAGCGUUACAUCGAUCAUUCCUUUGUGUUGAAGCUACUGGAUUUGUUUGAUUCAGAGGAUCCAAGAGAGAGGGAAUAUUUGAAAACUAUUCUCCACAGGAUAUAUGGAAAGUUUAUGGUGCACCGACCGUUUAUCAGGAAGGCGAUUAAUAACAUCUUUUAUCGGUUCAUAUAUGAGACAGAGAGACACAGUGGGAUUGGUGAGCUUUUGGAGAUUCUAGGAAGUAUAAUUAACGGGUUUGCUCUUCCAAUGAAGGAGGAGCACAAGUUGUUCCUUGUUCGAGCUCUGAUCCCACUUCAUAAACCGAAGCCAGUCGGGCUAUAUCAUCAGCAGCUUUCAUACUGCAUCACUCAGUUUGUUGAAAAAGAUUACAAGUUGGCAGAUACAGUGAUAAGGGGUUUGUUGAAAUAUUGGCCGGUUACUAAUUGCCAAAAAGAAGUGCUCUUUCUUGGGGAAUUAGAAGAAGUAUUAGAGGCAACACAGUCUGCUGAAUUCCAACGUUGUAUGGUCCCACUUUUUAGACAGAUAGCUCGCUGCCUUAACAGUCCUCAUUUUCAGGUAGCAGAACGAGCACUCUUCUUAUGGAACAACGAGCACAUAGUUAGCUUAAUUGCCCAGAACAGGACCAUGAUUCUACCUAUCAUUUUUGAAGCAUUGGAAAAGAACAUUCAAAGUCAUUGGAACCAGGCUGUUCAUGGGCUCACUGUCAACGUUCGUAAAAUGUUCUUGGAAAUGGAUGUGGAGCUAUUUGAAGAGUGCCAGAGGCAAUAUGAAGACAAAGUAGCCAGAGCGAAAGAGGUAGAAGAGCAGCGGCAAUUGACGUGGAAGAGACUAGCUGAAGUGGCAGGAGAGGAUAUGGUGACGGCUUGAGUGAUUUAAAGGAUCCUGACUUUGUGUCCAUCAGUAUUAAGAAGUAAAGGCGCUUGGUGGACUUUUCUUAUCUCCAUUUUGGUGGUAUUCUUUUUUUUCCCCUUAUCUCAUAAUUUUUUGGCCCUUCAAUAUUUUUUCUUUUAAUUUCUUUCUGACCACCGAAGAUGUCGGGGAGAUCAGCGAUAAAAUGUAAUUUAUUUUGUAUCAAAAAAUUUGCAGAUUAAGAAUGAUAUUGCCAAGUCUCUUCCUAUAAGUGUAUGUGCUCUUCUUUGCUAAAGAAACUCAAAUUAGAUUUACUGGGCCUGAUUAAAGGUGAAUUUUUACGUAAAAGUUGGUAAUGAGGAUUUUCACAUCUUCAAAUUCAACUGAUUGCCUGCUUGUGAUACAUGUUAAGUUUUAUUUCAUAGGAAGGGAUACAACACCAUAUUCCGCCUUUGAGUAGAAGAUUGGGAACUGAUCUUUACUGUACUUUGUUACAUCAUAAGAAUUUUUUCUUUUU